AAGGCAAAAGAACGGGCCAACUGGGCGUAUGCUUGAUGUGUGUGCAUGUGAGUCGUGUCGUUUUGGGGUUCGGCUGGGUUUUUGGUUUUGGCUGCGGCUGCGGUUGCGGCUUUUUGGUAUAUCGCAUCGCAAGUCCAAAUCGAUUGCCGGGCCAGCUAGUUUAGUUAGGCGUCUCCCUGAUAAGAUACGAAAGUACGAGUUGCGGCCGCUUGCGGAGAAUUCCGCCAGAAGAAAAGCACAUUCAGGCCCCUGAGCUUGGAGCAACUGUUCCCGGCGGUUAUACAACUAGUCAAACACAUUGUGGAAAAUGUCCGCCCUGGCCAAUGGAGGAAAGGAGGAGGAUCUGAAAAUUCUGGCCCAGCUGAAGAGCAUCGAGCAGAUCAACGAGCAGCGCCGGAUAUUCCUCAACAGCACGAUCAACGAGGAGCUGCCGGAGGGCGCAAACGGAUCGACGAUACGGGAGAAGGAGCUGGAGCAGAAUCUGAAAGUCUUGGACGAACCCGAGUCCCAGAAGAGUCCAGAGGAGGUGGCGAAGAAAACACCAGAUGAGGCCGCAGCACAGGAGCAGCCAGAGGCACCCGCAAAGUUGGAGCCAGCCAAGCUUCUGCCCCCCAAUACGCUCACCCUGAACGUGAAAUACGCCACGCUGCCAAGUCCCAAUGUGGUGACCCUGCGAUCCCCACUCUCGCCGCCACCCAAGCCACCCAUGCUGAGCCGCACCCGAAGUACCGGUUCCGGCGACGGCAAGAGUCCCGCAAGCAAUGGAACUCUCUCGCCCGACAGCUCCCUAAUCCGCCAGAGCUUUCCCGAAGGCGUGAUCGUGCAAACGCCCAGCCAGACGGCAAAGAGCCCGGCCACGCCCAGCGAGGAUGCCCCGGCCCCGGCCCCGGCCGCGGCCACCGUCUCCGCCCGCCACUACGAGGGACUCAUCGAGGAGCUGAGAUGUCCCGGCUGUGCCGGCGCCAUGAAGGCGCCCAUUCUGCUCUGCAAGAGUGGCCACAGUGUCUGCGAACAGUGCACCCGCAUUCUGCUCAUGUGCCCACUCUGCAAGGAACCCUUCACCAACUCGCGAUCGCUGACCGUGGAGGCGCUGUGCGCCAAGGCGCACUUCCGGUGCGGACACGCUUCCGGCGGCUGCCAGGUGCGGAUGCCGGUAGUCCUGCUGCCCUGGCACGAACAGCAGUGCAUGUACAAGCCGAUGAAGUGCUUCAUGGGCCGCGUGUGGGGCGACUGCCGCUGGCAGGGCCGCGAGGUGCAGUGGAAGGAGCAUCUGGAGGAGCAGCACGACGACCGCCUGUUCCGCUCGAGCAGCGCCGAUCUGGAGUGGAAUCUGGCUACGCGACGGAAACCGCUCACCGGCUACUACGUCUUUCAGGCGCACGACGAAAUGUUCAACUUCUAUGAGAUUCACGACCGCCAGCGCAUUCUGUUCACCAUGACCUGCACCUCGAACAGGCGAGACAGCAAGUACAACUACGCCUACGAGGUGACGGUGCUGCAGCCGGAUAACGAGGCGCUGUCCAUGACCCAGAAGUUUCCCGUGCACAGCGAGUACGACAAGGACAUCCUCAUGGAGGGCACCUGUGUCAGCAUUCCGCUGACGGAGCUUAAUCGCUUUCUGGACCAGGACAAGGUUCUUCACUACCGCGUGAGUGUGCUGGCGGUCAAGUCACCGCGUCGCGCAAAACCACCUCGGCAAAGUCUGCCGCAGCCGGUGGACCUAGAACAGACAGCGAAUGGUGGCGUCAACGGGAAGAGCGUGCCGACCAACAUGAUUAUUACGCGCACCUAUAAGGAGGCCAUCGGCGAGGUGGCCAAAGCGGAGGUGACCCAAGCGGAGGUGGCCACUGCGAACAAGGAAGAGGAAGCAGCUGCCGCCGACAGCGCUGGGUCCGAUGGAGCCGUUGCUGUGGAACUGGAGCGCAAGUGGGGCACACCGCAGCUGCACUUUAACCGGAAAUAUCUGCGGAACACGCUGAACGAUGCCACGCCCGUGGAGGACGAACUGCGGCCGCUUGCCGCCGAUCUGCGCAAUGGACAUGGCGACGACAAGCUCUCCCAGUGCAGCAACAGUACGAGUUACACGAAAAAAGUAUCGGAUUCGCUGCGAAGAAGCUUCCGGGCACUCAAGGCGGACAUCGUGGACUUGCGCCCGUUCAGCAAGAAGGCAGUCCGGGCUGGAUCUUCCUCUCCGGUCCAAACCAAUGGCAAAUAGUGAUUCGAUGCGAUGUGUGUGCUUUUCUAUUUCGUCGUAAUUAUACUGCAAUCGUAACAGUGCAGUUGCAAGCAUGUAAAUAUAGCAAUGUUUUAAUCUAUUGAAUAUGUACUAAAACCGAAAGAAAAUAAUAAAUUAUACUCUAUA